UACUGUAGCAAUUUUUACAGAAAAUUGUAUAGCUCUACGUACUGUCAGGAAUCCACAGACAUGUUUUUAACUCACUGAAUAAUGUUCACUCUAUCAGUGAUAUAGAAUCUAAACAGUGUGAUGAACCUAUCAAAGUUGAAGAGAUUAGAGUCUAUCAAACAUCUAAAGAACAAUAAAUCACCAGGUGUUGAUGGAAUUACAUCAGACUUUUACUAAUUAUUUUCUGAACAAGUAGCUUCCUAUUUGAAGCCUUUUUAGAGAGUAUUAAAAACAAUGUUCUCCCUCCUACAAUGAGUCGGGUUAAUAACACUAAUAGAUAAGCCUAAAAAAUAAGUGCUGCUCAUCGAUAACUGGCAUCCAAUCUGUCUUCUUAAUAAUGACUAUAAGAUCAAGCCUUACUACUUGCAAAAAUAAUUAAAGAAGUCCUGGAUGCAAUCAUUGAUAAAACACAGUCUGGCUUCAUGAGGAACAGACAUAUUUCUAACAAUGUCAGACUAGUAUUAGACAUACUUGACUACUCAGACUUAAUAACUGAGGAUAGCUUCAUAUUAUUUUUUAGAUUUUUAUAAAGCAUUUGACACAGUAGAGCAUCAGUUUGUCUUCCACUCCCUUGAGAGACUUGGCUUUGGGGAUUUUUUUCUGUAAGGCUAAUAAGACUCUAUGCAAAUGGUAACAGCUUUAUCAAAUUGAAAUAUGGCACCUCACCUAGAUUUGAGUAAAAGAGAGGAAUUAGGCAAGGUUGUCCUAUCUCUCCGUACCUGUUUUUAUUAAUCACCCAACUUCUUGCAAAUUCUUUAAAUAAGGUAUUUCCAUAGCUGGUAAGGAAAUUAUUAUAAACCAGCUGGCUGAUGAUACUACACUUUUUCUGAAAGGAGCUAACCAAAUUCCCAUAUCGAUCAAUGUGAUACAAUCCUUUUCCAAAGUGUCUGGUCUAUAUCUUAACAUUAAUAAAUGUGAACUCAUAGCUGUCAAAGAUUGUGUGACACCUUCAUAUUAUGGUAUUCCAGUAAAAGAAGAACUUACAUAUUUAGGCAUAACCAUUACAAAGGAUCAGAAGUCUAGAGGCUUACUAAAUUUCAACCCUCUUAUUAAAAAACCCCAGAAGAAGCUAAAUCAAUGGCUACAGAGGGACUUAUCUUUAAAAGGUAGAGUCCUAAUAACCAAGGCCGAAGGUAUCUCUAGACUAACAUGGCGUUCUAUCUUGACAGUAAAAUAAGCAAGGAGAUAGACCAGAUGCUUUUCAACUUUCUUUAGAGAAACCAUACCCAUUACAUUAGGAAAACUGUUGUAAUGAACACUUAUGAGAAUGGUGGACUGAAUUUUCUGGACUUUACUACUUUAAAUAAUACUUUUAAGAUCAAUUGGAUAAAACAAUUCCUAAGACGACCCACUUCUAUCUGGUAUUUUAUACCUCAUCAUGUCUUCUCUACUUUUGGUGGCCUUAACUUCAUGUUGUUUUGCAAUUAUAAUAUUGACAAAGUUCCAGUGAAUCUUUCUGCUUUUCAUCGGCAGGUUUUCUUGUCAUGGCCCUUAAUUUAUAAACACAAUUUUUCGCCACACAGAUAUUAUAUAUGGAAUAAUCGGGAUAUAUUUAUAAAAAUACUUCUUUGUUUUUAGAAUAUUGGUUCCCGAAAUAAUAUCCUAUUGGUGAGCCAACUGGUAAAUGCAGAGGGUCUUUUACUCAGUUAUAAAGAAUUCUUAUCACUUUACAAGGUCCCUGUAACACCUAAAGAUUUUGCAAUUGUUUUAGAUGCCAUUCCCUCAGGUGUUGCUAUGUUAUUCAAGAAUGUGUCAAGACCUGACCCUCAGAGCCUACCUUCUAUUGACCCUGUUGACUCAUCAGUGGGAAAGAUUUGUUUCUCUUUUGGUCCAUUCAACAACAGAGCGAUACAAACCUUGUUUCAGCAGGAUGCUGUAUAUUGCAUAUUUUUUGGCAUUGUAUAUGCAUGUAAGAAAACUGUGGCAAGACAUCAGAAGGUUUAUAAUUGAACACAUUUAUGAAGAUUUUCCACUAUUGUGGAGAGAUGCACAGUUUGGAUUCUUUACAUACAAUAGAAAUAAGCUGAAACAUUUUUAUGUAAUUAAUUUUAUUAUUCACAAAUGUAAAUCUACAAACAGAAAACCACAUUUUCGUACCCUACAAAAAUAAAUUGAACUGUAUUUUAAGACGGUUAAAUGCUCUACUAACAAAAAAGCUGUUAGAAUUGUAAGUAUAUGCAUGUCCCUUAAGGUCCUUGUGUAAUUGUAAUGUGAUAUUGUACCCCCUAGUUCGAUUGUCCAUUGUUUGUAAUCUAUGUAUGCUUGUGUUCCCUCAUGUGCUUUAUGUGUCGAUUUGUUGUUAAUAAAAAUAAUAAUAAUAAUACAAAUUUUAAAAAGGGCAUGUUCUAUCAGCACACUAGAACGUGUUGAAAGAUAAAUAAUCAGUAGUAUACGUGACACAAUUAGGUCUCUGGGCCAAGCUUUGCCAAUGUUAUUUGUUUAAUAAGUCAAGUGUAGUAAUGCAGUGCAUUGAUUUUUUUUCUAACCAUAAUUUGUAAGAAAACUGAAUAGUGAACAAGUGUGAAGUACAAUUAGUUAGUUGACUGUUUCAUGCCAUAAUCACCAGUCUUUUGAUAUAGUCAAAAUUGGUGACAGAACGUCAGUCUUUAUAGGAUCAUAGUCAAAACACUGAGACCAAUAUGAUUACAAUGAAACAGAUACAUAUAGCACACAUUGGGCACCUUUGAAACAGAAAUACAAUCUAGAUAGGAGCUGACCUUCGUUCCUCCACAGUGGAGGCUGUCCCGGUGUCUAGCUCAAAGUCCAGGUCUGGGUGCCGGUUGACGUGACAGAGUGAGUUGUCUCGUUCCCUCUCUCUGUGUUUGUGCUUCUCUCAUUCCUCCAGCUGAACUUGGUGGAUCGUCAACGCUGUGUCCCUAGCUGUCCCUCCGCUUCUCUGAACCACAAUGACGCACUGGGCCUCCCUUGUUCUCCUUCUGGUUUUGGGCCUCUCCACCCAGGGGACCCUCUCCCAGGACGCUGAGGAACCUGCACCAGUGGACCCAAGCCAGGCCCCUGUCGACCCCUCCCAGGCAGAGGAUGAGGACGAGUGGGGACUGAACUCCGUUAGGGGAGGCUUUGAAGCCGUCAAUGGAUACUUUGACUCCGUGCUGGAGCUUAUGGGCGGACGCGAUGGCGUGUGCCAGUACCGCUGUCGAUAUGGUAAAGCUGCUCUUCCUCGCCCUGACUACCAGAUGCCAGAGCCCAACGGAUGCAGCGCCUACUUCUUAGGCCUUCCGGUUGAUCUGGGUAUUCCUGCCAUGACUAAGUGCUGCAAUCAGCUGGACAUGUGUUACGACACCUGCGGCUCCAACAAGUACCGCUGCGACUCCAAGUUCCGCUGGUGUCUCCACAGCAUCUGCUCUGACCUCAAGAAGAGCCUGGGCUUCAUGUCAAAGGUUGAAGCCUGUGAGACGGUAGCAGACACCCUGUUCAACACAGUCUGGACUCUGGGCUGCAGGCCCUACAUGAACAGCCAGAGGGAAGCCUGCCUCUGUGAAGGAGAGGAGAGGGAUGAGCUUUAAAUUAGGGUUACAGACAUACACACACACACUCACGUAUGCAUGCAUACACACACACGUAUGCAUGCAUACACACACACACAGCUCUCCUAUUCACCAAGUAAUAUGGGAUGAUACGUCACUCCAAAUGACUGCUGGAGAUUCAAAUUGAUUAGGGUUUUUUCAAAAGACUCAUAUUUUGGCUAUUUGUGUAAUUUAUUUGGUGUUUUACUUGGUUUUGUUUAACAGAACAAGUGCUGUAUAUUUGCAACAACUGUUGGGUUUAUUAUUAUUUUUUAAAUCUACAAAAAAAUGUGUAAUACAAUACAAUCUUGUAUUUGUCUUCUUGAGUUGUGGAAAAUAUGAGAAUGCCAUGUGCUUCAGACUGCAUCUCUUCCUGAAAACAGGGGAACACAGAACACACACAAAUCUGAAGUUCAAACUAUACACUAACUAUACAAAUAUACUGUACAUGAAUUUACAAAGAUGAAUGCCAGACAUUAUCUUCUAUUAAAUUCAAAUGUGUUUUA